AUUAACAAACUACAAACAACAAAACAACAUCCUAUACCAGAAGCUCUGCUUUGACUCCAGUUAGUCGAAGUCCAUAAAGAUAAAGUUUGACUCUGAACAUGGGGAUUCAAACAUAGGAGGAUACACCCUCUGUAGCAAAAUAGAAGAAGAAAGUUCAUCGGAACGGCCCGCAGUUGUCUCGAGUUAAAGACCGCGCUCAGAUAAGGACGGUCCCGUCCCUUCCCGUUACUGUGACCUUUUCUCGCUAUGGGCUCGGAACAUUCCACGCAACUGCCGGGAGCAGCCGCCGACGGUGCCCUGCGCACCGGCAGCCUACAUCGUCACUCGACGGCCAACCCCACCGCGUCCGGUACGUCCUCGUCGACGCCUGGGCGCUCCGGGCUGUCAGGAGGCGGCAGCGGUGGCAAGCUGCAACGCGGCAACACGAUUGCGGUCACUGGCACGACACCGGGCGGCGGGGUGGACGAUGGCUACUCCACCUCGUCCGUCACACCGUCCUCGGCGUACAUCUGCGACUCGCGGCCCGUCUCGCCGCCCAUGAGCGUUUGCUCCGAUUCCGACCUGCCCUACAUCUCUUACACGGACAAACCGAUCGGUGAUUCACCGAAGCUGCGCAACAAGCAGCAGGCAAAGCAGACCAAAUCACGCCCAAACAGUGCGAUUAUCAUGGGCAGAACGUCACAACAGCACCAGCCCCACCACUACCAGCAACAUCUCACCCAGCAGCUGGAGGGCAGGGGUGGCAAGGGUCGACCCACAACCGCACCGACUGGCGGUGGUGGCAGCGGCGGGGCGCACAGCAUCGUGGUGGUGAAGUCGGCCGCCGCCCGGGACGUUGGCAUCGAGAAGGAUGACGACAUCGUGCGACUGCAGAGCGUGCCGAUGUUUCUGCCGGUGAUGCGCGGCACGCUGACGCUGCCGGCGAACCGCGACCCGGAAGUGCUGGAGCGGCUGCAACCGACCCAUCUGAUCAACAUGUGCAGCCGGCUGCAGUCACACUUUAACACGUGCGCGGUGCACGUGUCCUCGGAGCAGCAGCAGAUAACGAACCGCAUCAAGGAGGUCGACCAGGAGGUGUCGAGCGCGCUGGCCCAGCUGGUGCAGAAGCAGAAGCUGUACACGUCAUACGCGGAAACGUUCUCGAAGGUGCGCCAAAUCUCCCAGCAGCUGACGCGCUGCAACGACAUACUGAACCAGAACAUCGAGAGCAUGGAGUAUCUGAACAAUCUGCUCAGCGUGGACGACCGGCUCGAGCCGUUCGUGUGGAAGACGGAGUAGUGGUUUAGGGGAAUAGCGUUUAAGAGCAAGGAAAGUGCAAGGCAAAACGGCACACGUGGUGGGUGGGUGGUGUAACUCUAGUCGUGCUCUGCAGUGCAAUAAGCAGCCAAAACAGUGUGGCUCAAUGCUUAUCAGUUUAAUCAGUUGUAUUGUAUUGUUGUUUAUUGAAAAGAUAUUGACCGGAAGGAGCUGUCUUCCGGUUAUUCCUUAUCACUUAUAAUUAGCCUAACUCUUAAGACUAGCAAUAAAUAAUACAUAAAGCACCGAACAAAAACGCUUUAUUACGCCAGCACAGUAAACCUCGUUUAAAAUCGGGUCAUUUUUACUAGAAGCUCAUCUAAGGCCGACGUCAGACACACCGAAAACUCCACCGUAACGGAAAAAAAACAUAUGAAAUGUAACGCAUUGUAACGCUACGACCUACGACCGAUUCUGGUCCCCCUGUCGACGAACGAAAUCCUAACGAAAUUGCUGUUAGUAGGCUUUGGCACUGAACUUUCUUCUGUAUCGUUUUUGUUAAACCGUAGUACCAAUUUCCAUUGCGCUUUUGAAAUUGUAUAGAUCAUCAUCAGUAUAUCAUUCACUUAUCCUCUGUAUAGUUAUAACAUUUUUUCCCAUCAUUAACGUGAUUUACUUCACUAACGUAUCUUAUAGACAUUGUCAACAAUUCAACCUACGAUGGUUCAGCACACACUUCACAAUUAAAGUUGUUCUUGAAGACGAUUAGUACAAAAAAACAGAAGCAAUAUCAAGCAAGACAAUGUGUGACAUCAUUUGCAGACUAUGCUUAAAGGACCUGGAUGCGGAUGAUCCGGAUGGAGGCUCUAUUUUAGAUGAAAAGAUUAGAAAAGCGAUGAACAAUGUGUUUUGCUUUAAGGUAUGUUUUGAAGCGGAAUUACCCCAGAACAUCUGCAAACAAUGCUCCUGGAACGUGCAAGAUUUUGAAUGCUUUAGCGAGCUAGUGGAGAAAAAUCAGAAAAUAUUAAAACAAAAAUAUUUGCCCAUGGAAAGCCCUCAUUACACUGAGGACGAAUCCACAGAACAGGUGGAUCAGGAAAGCUGCGUACAGGAACCAUCGACCCAAAGUCAACUUGCAACAGUAUCAUCUUCAACAGUAUCUGAUAUAUAUUUGGAUUCGAAUGUCUAUGAUAAACCUUUGGUGGACAUGGCGUACAAGACUGAGCUGGAUGAGGUUGAUGUGGUCGAUGAGUUCCAUCCAGAUCUUAUGGAAACUUCGAUCACCGGUAUAGAACAGUGGCGUACAAUUAUGACGUGUGGUGAUUAUAAAAUAUCAUCCGAUUAUGAUACAACAGAGAGCUCCUCGAAUGAAGAAAAUGUUGAAAACUUCCUAGAAAUAAUGGAAGAAAAUAACAACCCACACAACGAGCCAAGUAAAGGAAAAUUAAAUAAACAAGUGGAAAAAGAUUGCUUGAGGUCACUGUCAAAUCACUGUCCGCCCGAUACUAACGACAAGGAACAGUACGGAUGCAUGGAGCCAUCGCAAGACUCGUUGAAAAUGAGCAACGACAAGGAAAAUGUAUCAAAAAAUAACGAUAAGGGAGAGUUUGUGUGUGGUGAGUGUGGACAAACAUUCGUAAUUAAAAGAAAACUGUACGCACAUCGGCAAAACCAUCAGCUGCAAAAGUGUUUGAUUUGCAAUAAAACGUUGAAGCGAAAGAACUUCCAAAGGCAUCUCCUAACUCACAAACGGGAAAACAUUGAAAAGGUUAUUAAAAAAAAAUAUCGUAAUAAACCACAUUAAUUUGUACACACGAAAAAAUCAAAAGAAAUUAACACCAAAAAAGCAAAAGAAAUUAACACGAAAAAAGCAAAACAAUUGUUGUGAUAAAAAGUAGUUAAUGUACAUAAAAGAAACAGCAAUGUAUCAAUCUAACAUACAUACGUCAGUAGUUUUAUUAUUAUAUUUCAUUUGUCUGGACGCAUCACGAUUGCAAAGAGAAUUGAUUAUUUGCAAAGCAUUAAAAUGUGCAUGUAAAUAAAAGCUGGAAAAUAAAAAUAAAAUUAUUUCUUUAAAGAUACCGUA